AUGAAACGAAAACUCUCCUGCAGCAGCACUUGCAUCGCCGUAGUAAAUUAUCGCCAGCAUACUUACCUGCUUGCAGGUAGCUGUGACUUCACUUUGACAGUGAUGCUGCGGCAUGGAAGCUUGUUCUCCGAAAGAAAUCGAGUUGUUUCAGAUGGAAUUGCUGUGUUCCCAAGCAGAUUUGAAUAGUUUCUACAUGGUAGAGAGUAAUAGAUUACAAGUCGCGCGGCUCAUUACGUAUGCUUGACUAGUCUGGGUCAACCAUGGGGAAGACAAUGAUGAAGUGUAUAGUUUUAUCUGCUACAUGGAAAGCUCCAGAUCUUUGGCUAUUGGCCGCGGAAUGCGUGGUCCGGUCUUAGACGUGUGCUAAUAACUUCGAUUACGAGGAAGCAUCAAUACUGAUCUUUUCUUGAAUUGCUUAAUUUUUCUUGACCUAUUCGCGAUAAGGAAAAGGCGAAAUUUAGUGCGGAGAGGAGGCUCCACGGAAUCUCACCGCUGCUCUGUUUUCCCAUGGAUUCCUCACUCUGAGCGCAGAGCGCGAAGGAAUCUCAGAAAGGGCCGCUUGUGCAGUGUGAGCGCGGCCUCGCCGGCGGCGCGGUGGCGAUGGACCUCCCGUGGAUCGACCUGCCCUUCACCUUCCUGACGCUGCUCCUCGCCACGCGCCUCGCCCACGACUACUACGGCGCCGUCGCCGCAGCCUUCGCCGGCGGCUUCGCGCUCCAGAUCUUCCUCUUCUACUGCUUCGCGCGCUGGUACCGCCACACCAUCCGCUCCCGCGCCGGGGACGGCGGCGACAACCAGCCUUCGCUCUCGCUCCCCUCGUCAUCGGCGGGUCAUGAGGAGGACGCCCCGCCCGUCCUUACCCCGUUGCUAGAGACGUCCGGCGGGGACGGUGCCCGGGCGUCGCUGGCCAACCGGUGCUUCGCCCUGGUCUUCAUGGUGUUCGUGCCGCUGGUCAUCGUCGUCUUCGAGCGGAGCCAGACGGACGUGGUGGCGUACGUGCUCUGCCUCGCCAACAUCAUCAUCAUGGUCAUCUGGUUAUCGCCGGACUCCGGAAGCACGGUCUCGGCAGCCAAGUCGUUCCUGCGGCUCAGCGACGACGAGGACGAGGGCAGCGGCAGCGGCGGCGCCGUGGACAAGUGCUGCGUCUGCCUCGCCGACAUGCGGGAGGAGCAGGAGCUGCGAGGGCUGCCGCGGUGCGGGCACCAGUUCCACGACAAGUGCAUUGGCAAGUGGCUCAAGGCGCACCCGACGUGCCCCGUGUGCCGGGCGACGGCCGUGCCGCCGGUGGACGCUGGCAGCGAGCCGCUCGAUGACGAUAUUAGCCCGGUCUAGCUUUCUUCUCUGCGUGCUGCAUCUUAUAUAUCUAACAAUUGGUGUUCAAUUGUUGUGAUUAAUUGCUUGGAAAUUUCAUGAAGAUGUACAGUUAAAAAAAUCGUUCCCAAGCAUCAAUCGGAAAUUAUAGUAGUAAUUUGUAAAUACAUUCGCGUUUGUUCA